AAACCCAGUCCCAGAGUCAACGAAUUUUCUUUGACUCUCCAUCUUCUUCUUCUUCUGCUCCGGUGAUCGAGCAAACAGAUUGACGAACUUUCAUCGAAAAAAACUGAAGCGCGAGUCGAAGCAGCUUUGAAUGACAGAUUUGCUACGAAUAUUGUCUCUCUGAAUUGUACAAGAGAUGCAGACGCUGGGCAAUUUCAAGUUACCCCCUUUCUUCAAUUACCCUCCUUAUUUCACCUUGCAGCCAGUAAGGGACACGCGAGAGAAGCAAGUGCAACUCUGGAAGGAACUUAUCCUUGAUUACUGUAAAACGCAAAAGAUAUCUGUGAUUGGAUUGGAAGAAGAGUUUCCACUGUUUUCAAAUCCUGCGAUUGAGAGUAAGGACCUUUUCAUCAAUUUAUGCAUUAGUGCAGGAUCUCUUACUCAUGAAGCAAGGGAAGCAUUUCUUGCUGCCUUAGUUUCUGAGGCAGGACGUGCAGAAUGGUUGGACAAAGGACACAGGAAGUGUCUCAUUCUCUGGCACCGCAUUCAAGACUGGGCUGAUAUUUUAUUAAACUUCGUGAAAGAUAAUGGGCUGGAGGACUCUGUGAUGACGGUUGAGGAAAUACGUUCUGGGCCUGAAUCUCGUGGGACAGAUCUUCAAGGAGUGGAUCGCAUCAUCCUCAUGCGAGCUUUGAAACUACUAGAACACAAGGGGAAGCUUGCGAUUUUCAAAGGGACUUCUGCGGAUGACGAAGGCAUUAAAUUCUCUCGUUAAUGAAAAUGAACGCGCGCUUUCAUUUGAACUUCUAGCAUCUAAAAUGGCACAUGUACUGUUCCUGGGGUGCUUUUAUUUAAUCUUUCUUCGGGUUUUUGAGUAAGAAAGACACUACAGAAUAUCGCUCCUACUUGUAGUCUUGUUGACUAGCUCUAGAAUGUGCAAGGCAAUAGGAGAGCAGUGCCAGGAAA